UACUUGGUGAAUAAGUUUCUAAAGUUUCUAAUUAAUUACUGAAAUUAACAGGGUGUUAUUGUAGAAAAUAUUGAACGCUAUAAACAAUAGAUGGUUCUGCUGACAUGCUGACUUUGCUCUUUUAAGCUCCACCCUGAUUUACCGGUGUCUGGGAUGUAAACACAGCUGAGCUGAAAGACACUCUUGUGCUCUUUGACAGCUGGACUAGACACACAGAAAGAGUCAGAGAGACACAACUACUUGAAACUUUAAACUGCACAGGUGCCAAAAUGGCCUCUAGAUCGUCCAUCACAGAGGAGGAUUUCUACUGCCCCAUCUGCUGUGACAUCUUCAUGGAUCCCAUUCUCCUUCCCUGCUCUCACAGCAUCUGUAACGGCUGUGUGAAAACCUUCUGGAACCGGCGAGGAAUUCAAGAGUGUCCCAUCUGCAGAUCUGUGUCCUCCAACCCUAACCCACCCAUAAACAUUGUGCUGAGGAACAUGUGUGAUCUGAUGAGAGAACAAACAACUCAGGAGCCUCCCGUAGAGACGGUGGAGUUCUGCAGUCUUCAUGGAGAACCUCUUACUUUCUUCUGCGCUGAAGAUCAAGAACUAGUUUGUGGGACAUGCAGAAAUGCUAAACCGCAUAAAAACCACCGCAUCCGUUUAACAGCAGAUGCAUCAAAGGACCUCAGGCAAGAGCUCCAGCUGAAACUAAAGGCCUUUCUGGAGAAACUCAGAGUCUAUGAACGAAUCAAACAGUCCUGGGAUGAAACAGCGGAGUAUAUUAAGAAGCAGAGUCAACAAACCGAGACUAAAAUUAAGGAGGCGUUUGAAAAGCUUCACCAGUUUCUGGAAAAUGAAGAGGCAGCCAGGAUGACGGCGCUCAGGAAAGAAGAAGAGCAGAAAAGUGAGAUCAUUAAAAAGAAGAUUGAGGAGAUUAGAUCAGGGAUGUUAUCGCUCUCACGCAUUAUUGAGUCCAUCGAAGAACAGCUGAGAAGGAAUGACUUCACAUUUCUUGUGAACUACAAGGCUGCAAUUGAAAGAACAAAGUGUACACUUCGGGAUCAAACCAGACCUUCAGGAAUGCUCCUUAAUGUAGCAAAACAUGUGGGUAACGUGACCUUUGAAGUAUCGAAGAAACUACAAGCCAAUGUCCGAUACACCCCAGUAACCUUUGACCCCAACACCGCCCAUCCUUAUCUGCUCUUGUCGGACGAUCUAACCUGUAUAACUUACACUGACGAGCACUUCCAACAGCUUCCAGCAAACCCAGAGAGAUUUGACGGCUACACAAGCAUUCUAGGCUCUGAGGGCUUUAACUCGGGGACUCACUGCUGGGACGUCGAGGUGGGCGACAGCGCAGCCUGGGCCGUGGGAGUGAUCACUGAGUCCGCGUACAAACACAGACAGACCCCCUCCAAAACAGGCUUGUGGUAUGUGGGCUUUUCCAACGGUAAAUAUGGGAAAGGCUAUUCUCCAGAGAUCCUCACCCUUCUACGGGUCAGCCAGAGAAUUCAGAGGAUCAGGGUGCAGCUGGACUGGGACAAGGGCAAAGUCACAUUCACUGAUGCGGGUCGUAAUAUCGGUCUGCAUGUGUUUAAACACACGUUCACUGAGAAAGUGUUCCCUUAUUUUUAUAGCCACUGUAUGAAACAUCCAAUGAGGAUCAUACCAGUACAAACAGCUGUGGAAGUGCACAUUUAGAGCCAAUAGUGCUGGUGAAGUUUAGUUAAAGGUUAAUUGUGAUAUCAAUAAUACAAUAAUAUAAAAUCAUCCUAAGGAGACAGUACAAAUACAGUACUACAAUAAAAGUUACUAAUAUUCAAUCCACCUACACUACAAUUAAAAUAAAUAAAAAAAUAAAAUAACUAGAAUUUUUGUGUUUUUGAGUAAAGAAUGCUUAAAAAUUAUUUACUUGACAAACUAUAUUGUUUGUAAGAUUGCAUAAAGUUUUUAGAGAAAGUGUAUUUUAUUACGAAAGAAAGGAAGAAAAGCUCACUGAAUGUAUAAAUGUAAAAAUGGGAUAAUGCAAUAAUGAACUACUGUAUUAUCAAUGUAAAUAUUGUUCCUGAUUUGCCUGCUUUGAUUUGAGCUAAGCUUGAAUUUUUAGAUGCUGUAUGACUGAAGUGACAAUAAUGAAGUGACAAUAAAGUAUUUUGAUUCAAAGAUUU